AUGGCCCGGAACACGUCCCUGCAUUUCAGAGUGGUGGAAGGACGGGGCCUGCCCGCCAAGGAUGUAGACCUGGCCCCGCGGGACAUCUCCGGCACCUCGGACCCCUUUGCGCGAGUGUCCUGUGAUGGCCACGCUUUGGAGACAGCUAUCAUUAAGAAGACUCGCUUCCCGCACUGGGAUGAGGUGCUGGAGUUUGACCUGGAGGAGGGGGUGCCCGGAAAGGAACCCAAGGGGUCCCGUGUGAGCGUGGAGGUGUGGGACUGGGACAUGGUGGGGAAGAACGACUUCCUGGGAUGGGUUGAGUUCUCUCUGGACGCCCUUCAGAGAUCCCCUGCCAAAGGCUGGUUCAGGCUCCUGCCCUUCCCCACUGCUGAGGAGGAUGCUGGAGGAAAGCUGGGGGCUCUGCGGCUGAAAGUCCGACUGGCUGAGGACAGGAUCCUGCCCUCCAUGUACUACCAGCCCCUGAUUGAGCUCCUGGUGGAAUCCAUCCUGUGCCCUGCCGAGGAGGAGGACGUCAGCCCACUGGCCUUGCUGGAGGAGAUCAGCUCAGUGGAGAGCCGGCAGGACGUAGCCACGAAGCUGGUGAAGAUCUUCCUGGGACAGGGCCUGGCGGUGCCCUUCCUGGACUACCUCAACCUGCGGGAGGUGACCAAGACCACUGAUCCGAACACACUCUUCCGCUCCAACUCCCUGGCCUCCAAAUCCAUGGAGCAGUUUAUGAAGGUGGUUGGGAUGCCCUAUCUCCAUGAGGUCCUGAAGCCGAUCAUAAACCGGAUCUUUGAGGAAAAGAAGUACAUCGAGUUGGACCCAUGUAAGAUUGAGCUGAACCGGACCAGGAGGGUUUGUUUCCGCGGGGCGGGCGGUGCUGGGGCUUUGUACCUGCCGGGCGUUCAGAACGUGCUGGCGGACAGUCUGAGCAGACGUUUCCUCGCACACAAGUGGUCGAUUCGCCCGGACAUCAUCCACUCUGUCUUCUGCAGUUGGGGGUUUCCCCAAAUCGACCUGUUUGCCACACAGGUCAACAGGAAGUGCCCAACCUUUUGCUCCUUCAGGAGCAACAGCCCAGGCUUGGUCGCAGAUGCAUUCAUGAUCCCAUGGUCCGAGCAGCUGCUAUAUGCCUUCCCACCAUUUCCGCUGAUCCACAAACUGCUCCUCAAAAUCCGCAGGGACAAGGAGGACAUCAUUUUGGUGGCCCCAGCCUGGCCUCGCCAUUGCUGCCAGGACACCUUCCUGCCAGUCUUUUAUCCAAAGCCACACAACAGCCCUCAAGAACAACAGCUGCACUCGCUGGAUGUUAGGAGGGCGCUCGCUUUCUAUAUUGAGCGCACAAAGCCAUUCCGAAAGACAACUCAGUUGUUCGUUGCUAUAGGGGAGCGGAUGAAGGGAUUGCCAGUCUCUUCCCAGCGGAUCUACCCCUGGAUCACAGCUUGUAUCCGCACCUGUUAUGACUUGGCGAAGGCUCCUCCGCCUGCCAUCACGGCUCAGUCCAUGAGGGCUCAGGCCUCGUCGGCAGCCUUUCUAGCCCAAGAUGUGAAGUACAUUGCCAUCAGUGGGUUCUUAUUCCUCCGCUUCUUCGCUCCUGCCAUCUUGACACCAAAGCUGUUCAACCUCCGCGACCAGCAUGCCGACACCCGGACCAGCCGCACACUUUUGCUACUGGCCAAGGCAGUGCAGAGCAUUGGCAACCUCGGCCUGCAGCUGGGACAUGGCAAGGAGCAGUGGAUGGCUCCGCUGCACCCCUUCAUCCUUCCCAGCAUCACCCGCGUCAAGGAUUUCCUGGACAAGCUCAUCGACGUGGACAGCGAGAGUGCGGGCAAGGCCCAGCCCCGGACGCUCUUCCACCCCUCGGUCACCAUCAAGGAGGGCUACCUGCACAAGCGCAAGGCCGAGGGGCUCCACCUGCUCCCACGCUUCACCUUCAAGAAACGCUACUUCUGGCUGAGCAGUGAGACCCUCUCCUACUCCAAGUCCCCAGAGUGGCAGGUGUGUGUUCGCUCCUCCAUCCCCAUCCAGCGGAUCUGCGCCGUGGAGAGGGUGGACGAAAACGCCUUCCAGCAGCCACACAUGAUGCAGAUCAUAACGCAGGACAACGAAGGGCAGCUGCGCACCAUGUACAUCCAGUGCAAGAAUGUGAACGAGUUGAACCAGUGGCUGUCAGCCAUCCGCAAGGCCAGCAUCUGCAAUGAGCACAUGCUGCCCUCUUGCCACCCGGGUGCCUUCCGGGGCAACCGCUGGACCUGCUGCCUGCAGCCCGACCGCACAGUGCGCGGCUGCAGCCGGACUCACUCUGCCAUGACCCUGGGGGACUGGAGCGACCCCCUCGACCCGGAUGCCGAGACCCAGAUGGUGUACGGGCAGCUCUUGCUGGCGAGAGACAAGCUCAGGGAGAAGUACAUUGAGUGUUCAGAUGCGGGGCUGGCGCCGGAGCAGGAGAGGGGGCCUGGUACUCGUGCCCAGGGAGAGCAAAGCUGUUCCUGCCAGGACCGCCAGAUGGCUGCUGCUGCCCGCCUGCUGAACGUCAUACAAGACCUGGAGCGUGCCCACAGUGCCUUCGAGCGCCGGGAGAAGGAGGAGGCAGACAAUGACUCUCACCACCCCUGA